AUGCCAGGGCCCCCAGGCUCGCUCAGGCAGAGGCAGGCAGGGCAGGCAGCACCUGCCACCGCUGGCCACCAUGGUGACCACCAUCCCUUGCUUGACUCUGAGCAGCUCAGGAGGGCCAAGCUGCAUGUGAAGAGGGCCAUCAAGGAGAAGAAGAUCUUCACCGUGCAGGGCCCCUACCCUGUCAUCCGCAGACUACUAUGGGCCCGGGGUUGGGUGGAGAGGAAGCUCCACAGGAAGAAGCAACUGCAGGACGAAGGAGGUGAUGGUGCUAAGCAGUGGGAGGCAGCGUCAGCCCUACAUCCAAGAUCAGCGUGCUGUGGAGGACAGCCUUCUCUGGGAACUCCAGAGACCCUGUGUGCACCGUGGCCACCUCAGGAAGAAGAAGUGGAGCAAAAGCAAUGUAUUGAGGACCUUGAUGGCAACCAUGACCUCAUGUCUCACCUAGUGCAGGACCAGGUGCCAUACUUCAUCUGGACCAACCACUGCAGCGCCAUCAACUGGCAGUUGUUGCGGCAGGACCAGGUGGUGAACCACUACACCCGGGUAGACACUUUUGCCACCAAGGAAGGGCUGUGCCGAAACCUGCGAAACCUGCCCUGGUUUGCCCAAGCUGACCCUGACACCUUCUUUCCUCGGUGCUACCGGCUGGGGGAUGCAGAUGAGCGGCAAGCCUUCAUUGAGGAUUUCCACUUAACAGCAGCUCGCAGCCUGCUCAAAAUGGCCCUGGAGAGGGCUGGGGACACACUGCAAGGGCCAGAGCAGCAGCCCCUGAAAUCCAGCAAGCAGCUAGCAAGGCCAGCAUCAUCCCUGCCACCCCAGCUGCUGGAGAUGGCCCUACAGAUCUGUAGGCAGCACCUGGCCAUCCUGAGGCACCAGGACAUCGAUGGAGACCUCACAUUCCCCUGCAUGAUGGGCACCAACUGGGACCACUUCAUGCAAGACUACUACCGUGUGGCACAUGAGAGGGCUGGGCUGGCACCGAGUGGGGUGCAGACAGAGCAGUGCCAGACCCUGCUGCAGUGCCUGGCAGAGCAGCUGCCCCAGCUUGGCAUGGAAGGUGAUCACAAUGUCUGGAUCCUCAAGCCUGGGGCCAAAUCCCGUGGCAGGGGUAUAGUCUGCACAGACCGCCUGGAGGAGGUGCUGCGGCUGGCAGGGGGCUGCACAGCACCUUUGGCACAGGCGAGCAAGUGGGUGGUGCAAAAGUACAUAGAGCGGCCGCUGCUCAUCUUUGGCACCAAGUUUGACGUCCGGCAGUGGUUCCUGGUGACCGACUGGAACCCACUGACUGUCUGGUUCUACCGAGAGAGCUACCUGCGCUUCUGCUCCCGGCCCUUCUCCCUGCACUGCCUGGAACCUUCUGGGCACCUCUGCAACGUCUCCAUCCAGAAGCGGUUCAGGCCAGCACAGGGCCAGCAGCACCCACAGCUCCCCCCUGACCUGAUCUGGUCCUGCCACCAGUUCCAGUCAUAUCUGGCACAGGUGGGGCGGGCAGGUGCCUGGCAUGAAGUGAUGGUGCCUGGCAUGAAGGCAGCAGUGGUGGGUGCCCUGCGCAGCGCCCAGCACCUGGUGGGGUCCCGCAAGAGCAGCUUUGAGCUUUAUGGGGCUGACUUUCUCUUUGGGGAGGAUUGCCAGCCCUGGCUGCUGGAGAUUAAUACCAGCCCCACCAUGGCCCCCUCCUCGGCGGUGACCAGCCGGCUGUGUGCCAGAGUGCAGCAGGACAUGCUGCGCGUGGUCAUCGACCGCAAGAACGACCCUGCCUGCCCCAUCGGCGCCUUUGAGCUCAUCUACAAGGAGGCAGCUGUGCCCAUGCCCCUGUCUGUGGGGCUGAAGCUGAUAGUGGAAGGCCGCUCUCUCAGGAAGCGCCAGCCGGCUCAUCACCGACCCCAGGGCAAGCUCCCCACCGUCCUCCUGCCCCCUGUGCACUCCAGCCCCUCGGGCAGAGCUGUCCACAGCCCCCAGCUAGGACCAAUGGUGCUGUGCCUACAUGGGCUGGCACUCAGCACCUGGAUCCCAGGGCAGCUGAGCCCCAUCGUGGGAAGGACCCAGAUGGCAGUUCCCAGGCGUAUAUAG